AUGGCUUGUCUAAUAGUCAUGCUGUUGGUAUCAUUGCUGAUAUCGAUCGUAAAUGGUCAACAAUGCUCAGCAGGAUUCAAUCAGUCUAUCACGGGCCAAUGUUCAUCUGCGCAUAACUGUUCUGGAACUCUGUUGACUUCAACCGCCUGCGGUAAACAGUUAUGUUGCAUUCCAACCAGAGCACUGCCAGUUUCACCUAAUUGUCUACCGCCAAAACUAUUCCAUGCACUUUAUAACAAUACACCUCGAGCACAAAGUCUUCUGAAUAUCUUCAACUAUGGAAUGAAUGCUUCUGGUAUAUGCAACCAUUGUCAAGCAAAAGCUGCUUUCCUGGCAAUAGCAGCGACGAUGACGAAGAAUUUCUCAAUAGAUGAACGAUCUGCUAGUGACGCGCAGUUCACUGCUGACGAUGACAAAUAUGGAAAUAAGCAAAAAGGUGAUGGGUCACGUUUCCGUCGACGUGGACUAUUCGGUCUUCGAGGAAGAACUAUGUAUGAACGAUUACAAGCGGUAUUUCCACAAUAUCAAUCUGUCAACAACUCGGAAUCUGUCGCACUGCUUGAAAACGCUAUUAUUAUCGCGGCAAGAUUCUGGAAUUAUCCCGAUUUAAUAAAUAAAUCUUCAUUGACACACGAUACUGAUGGAUCAUUUUACGGGUUUUCUAUGCUAUGGCAUAAGCUGAAUAGAGAUGUGACAGAACUGGCAACUGCUGUUAAAUAUUAUCAAACAUUUCUUCGUCAAUUACAAUGUAGUAGUGACUUGUAUCAAGGAGAAGGGCCAAGUUGUAUCUACAACAAUACUCAUUUAGGCACGUGUACACCCGGGUGUAUCAAAGGUCUAGAAGAGUCCAGUUCAUUCUGUGGAUGUAGUACUCCGAAAGCUCAGCCAUGCCCAAAGAGCCCAAGUCACGUUCGUUGUUGCUUGGAUUCGUGUGCACAAGAGUUAAAACUCGAUCUUGGACUCGUUCUUGAUGCCAGCGGUAGCAUCGGUAAGGACAAUUAUACACUUCAAUUGAACUUUACACGAGGUCUACUUCGUCAAUUGAAUGUCGGGCAAAAUAAAACUCAUGUUGGUAUUAUUAACUAUUCAACUGAUCAGGAGGUGUUGACAUGGCUAAAUCAAAAUUACGCAUUGAGUGAAAAGCUUCGUCAGGUUGAUCGAGCAACAUAUUAUGGUAGUGGUACGGAUACUGCUAGUGCACUUAAAACAGCAGAUACUGUUUUCUCAAUUGCAAAUGGUCGUCGAAAAUUAGAACAGGGGGUCACUCCAGUCAUAUUUGUACUUACGGAUGGUGCAAGCGAUAAUCCACCUGCAACAAUUCAAGCAGCAAAGAUUUUAAAAGACAAAGACAUUACAUUAGUUAGUGUUGGUGUAGGUGGUCAAGUAAAUCUUGUAGAAUUGCAUGCUAUCUGCUCAUCGCCACCUGCAGAAAAUUAUUUUGCUAUGUCAGACUAUCAGGCAUUACAAAGCAGAAUCAAUCAGUUCAAAUCGAAAGCGUGUUCCGAACCAGGUCUGAUCUCAUCGAAUACAACAGUUACAGAUGAAAUUCAAAAAGAUAGGUAUAAAUUUCUGAAAAUCAAAAUUAUCCUGAUGUCAAACAAAACUUUGAUCAAAGUUACGUUAUUCAAUGGUAAUGUGAAAUUGUUCUAUUCUUUUACAAAUCGAAAUCCGAAAGACCCAGCUGACUUUUUCGAUUACGAAUCAGAAACAAGAUCGAUCAUCGAAGCCACUCCGAAAAAGAGCAGCGAAGUCACAUUAGUCAUUGACAAACCAAAUGCACCGACUGGAGAGUACGCAUUCAUUGGUGUCAAAGGCUUGGAAGAUCAUACUCGAUACCAAAUACAAUUUGACGACUGUGCUAAAGUGGAUUGCACAAAAUCAAGUGUGAUCACAAUUAAAUUCAGCAUUCUUCUGACAAUUCUAUGUACUCUUUUCGUAUUUUGA